CUAUGAUCAAAUUGAUCACUGUCGAAAACGAGAAUCUCAAAGGCCCCGCCUUUAAUUCAGUAAAUACAGUUCGUUUGGAAUUACCGAAAUGAUAUUAUUAUAAGAAACACAUUUAGAUAAACGAGGCUGCGGAACACAUCAACCAUGGAUACAUAUAAGUUGAUUUGUUUGUUCGUGAUAGUGUCCCAGGCGGCAGCGCUAUUGACAUCACCGCCAAGAAUCGUAAAGCAGCCUACAGUAGAGGAGUUGCUGUUCCAAGUUGCGCAGUCGGGGGAAGUGGACAAACCAUUCAUAAUUGAAUGUGAAGCAGAAGGAGAACCGGCACCAAAAUACCGAUGGAUCAAAAACGGCAAACCUUUCGAAUACUCGAGCUACGACACGCGAAUCUCCCAGCAGCCGGGUCGAGGCACGCUGGUCGUCAGCAAGCCCCGCGAUGAGGACCUCGGCCAGUACCAGUGCUUCGCCUACAACGAGUGGGGCACGGCCACCUCGAACUCUGUCUUCGUGCGGAAAGCCGAGCUCAACUCGUUUAAAGAGGCAGACGGCCCUCAGCAGACCAUCACCGCCCAGGAAGGCUUUCCUUUCAAGUUGACCUGUGAACCCCCAGACGGUCACCCCAGCCCCAAUGUUUACUGGAUGCUGCAAGGAGAUCAGGGACAGCUCAAAACCAUAAACAAUUCGCGAAUGACGCUCGAUCCCGAGGGUAACCUCUGGUUCUCGAACGUAACUCGAUUCGACGCUAGCAACGAUUACGCGUACACUUGUGCCGCCAAGUCCGUCUUCCGUAACGAGUACAAGCUCGGCAAUAAGGUGUACCUGGAGGUGCAGCAGACGGGUCUGUCGCCGGCACUGAAUAAGCAUGAGCCUGUCCGUCAGUAUACUUCUAGAAGGGUCGAGAAGGCGUGGCGCGGGAAGAAGGUCGAACUCUACUGCAUCUAUGGUGGAACGCCAUUGCCUCAAAUAGUAUGGAAGAAGAACGGCAGCCGUAUUCUAUCAUCUCAGCGCAUCACGCAAGACAACUAUGGAAAGACAUUGGUAAUCAGACGCGCUGGCUAUGAGGACCAGGGUACCUAUACAUGCGAAGUCAGCAACGGCGUCGGUACCGCGCAGACAUACUCCAUACAGCUCAAUGUUGAAGCUGCACCAUUCUUCACCGAGGAGCCGCAGUUCCAGAACCUGGCUGAAGGUGAGACGGCGGUGAUCAACUGCCGCGCGGGGGGCACGCCCGAGCCCCAGAUCUCGUGGGUGCACAACGGCAAGCCCAUCGAACAAGCGGAACCCAACGCACGUCGGCAAAUCACCGCCAACUCCAUCGUCAUCACUGACCUUGUGAAGAAGGACACAGGAAACUACGGCUGUAACGCAACCAACUCCAAUGGUUAUGUCUACAAGGAUGUCUAUAUUAAUGUGCAAUCGAUCCCGCCCGAAAUCAAGGAGGGCCCGGAGAACCUGACCAAGGUGGACGGCUCUGAAGCCGUACUCAAGUGCCGCGUGUUCGGCGCCCCACGACCCAUCGUCAAAUGGAUGCGCGACGACGUCGACGUUACAGGCGGAAAGUACAACAUAACGGCCGAGGGCGACCUGGUGAUCAGAGACGUGUCCUACACCGAUGUCGGCACAUACGAGUGCUACGCCAAGAACAAAUUCGGCGAGAAGUCUGCAUAUGGCUCCCUCACUGUCAAGAAGCGCACCGUGAUAACUGACAAGCCGGAUAACUACGAGGUAGCGGCGGGCUCCUCGGCCACGUUCCGCUGCAACGCGCACGCAGACGACUCGCUGCGCCUCGACAUCGUGUGGCUGAACGACGGACAGCCCAUAGACUUCGAGGCCCAGCCGCGCUUCCGCGUCACCAACGACCACUCCCUGCUCAUCUCUGACACCAGCGAGCUCGACUCCGGCGAGUACACCUGCAUCGCGCGCACCAGCGUCGACGAGGCGCGCGCACAGGCCACGCUCACAGUGCAAGAUAAACCCAACCCACCGGCACUGGACGGCGUCGAAUGUCACGAGAAAGUGGCCACCCUCCGCUGGCACUCGAUGGGCGACAACCGCGCCCCCAUCCUGCGCUUCUCCAUCCAGUACAACACGACGUUCACGCCGGACACGUGGGACGUGGCCAGCGACAACGUGCCCGCCAUCGACACCUCGUGGACCGUCGAGCUCAGCCCCUGGGCCAACUACACCUUCCGCGUCAUGGCCUGGAACAAGAUCGGGCCCUCCUCGCCCUCCGCGCACUCCGACGUCUGCACCACGCAGCCCGACGUGCCCUACAAGAACCCCGACAACGUCGAGGGCAAAGGACGCGAUCCCACCAACAUGGUUAUCUCGUGGACGAAAAUGCCUCAAAUCGAACACAACGGUCCCGGGUUCUACUACCUGGUGUCGUGGCGGCGCAACAUCACGGGACAGCCGUGGAACGACCAGCAGGUCACCGACUGGCAGGACACCGAGCUCAUCGUGCCCAACACGCCCACCUUCCAGCCCUACAGGAUCAAGGUCAUCGCCGUCAACUCCAAAGGAACUUCCAAUGUAGCCCCCGUCGAAGUUAUUGGAUGGUCAGGAGAAGACACCCCAUUGCAGGCACCCACCAACUUCACCUUAGUACAAGUGACAACCGGCACCACGGCCCUGCUCAGCUGGAACCCAGUGUCGGCCGAGUCCGUGCGCGGUCACUUCAAGGGUUACAAGAUCCAGACCUGGACCGACGGGGAGGAGGACAGAGUCAAGGAGAUUCUAGUGAAAGCCGACGCGUCAAGUGCUCUCGUAUCCAAGUUCAGGCCCUUUAAGAAAAACAAUGCGAGGAUCUUAGUUUACAACGGCCGCUUCAACGGACCUCCAAGUGAAGUUCUAAGCUUCCUCACUCCCGAAGGAAAACCCGGCACCGUCAAGUCUUUCGAAGUAUACCCCAUCGGAUCCUCGGCUAUGCUACUCAAGUGGGACAAACCGAUCGAAGAGAACGGAGUCUUGACAGGCUACAAGAUUUACUAUCAAAAAGUAACGGGAACCGCUCUGGGUCCGUUACAGGAGAGGAAGAAGGAAAUCGAUCCCAAAUUCGACCGCGCAAAGUUGGCCGGUCUGGAGCCCAACACUAAGUACAGGAUCGAAAUUAGAGCUAAGACGAAAGCUGGAGAAGGUGAAAAGUACUACGUAGAGCAAACCACUAAAGCCAUGGUUAACGCGAAGCCGGACAUUCCUGUCUUCGAGACUAUGACGGUGCCCGCUAAGGAGGGGACGGCUCAUAUCCUCGUACGUUGGAUACCUUCAUUGGAUGGUCACCCCGGCACACACUUCGUGGCGUGGUACAAGCUGAAGGGGCACCCCGACUGGCUGAAGACCAACGAGAUAACGGAGGACGACUACGUGAUAGUGACCGGCCUGGAGCCCGGGCAGGUGUACGAGGUGAAGGUGACGGCGCACGACGGGGAGUACUUCAGUACCAGUGAGAUCAAGGAUGUUGACACAACUAUUGACGGUCCGAUGAUACUGCGCGACGACAAGAUGGCGACAGCGGGGUGGUUCAUCGGCGUGAUGCUGGCGCUGGCGUUCCUGCUGCUGGUGCUGGUGCUGGUGUGCGUGGUGCGACGCAACCGCGGCGGCAAGUACGACGUGCACGACCGCGAGCUCGCGCACGGCCGCCGCGACUAUCCUGACGGCGGCUUCCACGAGUACACGCACCCACUGGACAACAAGUCGCGGCACAGCAUGAGCAGCGGCACCAAGCCCGGCCCUGAGAGCGACACCGACUCCAUGGCCGAGUACGGCGAGGGAGAGACCGGUCGUUUCACUGAGGAUGGAUCGUUCAUCGGGCAGUACGUGCCGGGCGCGCGAGUGUUGCCCCCGCCGCCGCCCCUCGCGCCUGCCGCCCCGCCCCCGCCCGGACCUCAGCCGCCCACAUACGUCUAGGCCACGCCCCCACACACACACACACACCACACUACAUAACUACUGUAUCUACAACAACAUUAUGUCACCUAGGAUAUAUUCCGAUAAGCAAGGCAAGGAGAAAUAAUUCACAGAGCCUUCGUUUUGGGUUAAAAAGUGAGGUACAGCGCCAUCUAUAGUUAUAGAAGUUAUGUAUGUGUGUAAUUAUUCAUCUCAAUUGUUGUUAUUUAAGAUGUUUGUGUCGUACUCGCAGCUCGCGAUGGCCGCGUUUUAGAGUCGGGAGUUUGAAUGCUUCAAGAAGUCAAUGUUAGUGUUUACGUAUGUAAGUUAAUAUCGUACACGGCCUUUUAUGAACGAGAAUCGACACGUCACAAGCGAAAUCAUUAACUGCCAACAUGGGUUUUAUUUAGGACCAAAACGUGAAAAAAACUCAUUAACUAUCAGUUUGAUACCCAAAAGCCUAGUAUCGGUAGUCUAAACUAUUGUUUCAACAAUUAGGAUUUUUUUUUCUUUACCUCCGUCAAUUUCGACUGCAUAUUUGAAUAGAUUCGAUCUGUAAUGUUGGUAAUAGAAAAAUAGAUUGUGUUUUUUUAUGAGACUGAUUUUAAGUAAUGAUGUAAAUUAGUCUUCAUAACUUCCCCGCUCGGUUCAGUAUCAAGCUUCUGUAGUUUUUGCCCUUUGACACAGCUUUAUAUAUUUAUAUAGGACAUUACAUAAACAUUUACAGAUAAUAUCAAAUCAGAAUAAAACUAAAAAAUUAAAAAAAAACAGUUAUAAAUUGGCAAAAGAUUAAAUAGCGUAAAGGGUUAAUUUUUUAUCAAAUUCGUUUGGUCAUUGUCAGUAAACAUCAAUAAAUAGCAUCUAUGCAUUCUGUUAAACAAUUUGUUAAAAAUAAUUAUGAAAAAAAAUAAAUCGUUUACUUACAUUUUAUUUGAUGAAAUUGAUAAAUGGCCGCUUUAGAUUGUAGAUAUGGUGUUUGCUGAAUAUCAAUUAUAUAAACUAAGGAUACGGUAGUUGGUGAACAUUUGAAAAUUAAGGAGAAGAUAUUUUUGUCACAGGAUAAUGUAUGGGAUUUAAAAGAUUUAGCUCUGGAAGCCGGUGGUCAGGCUAGUCUUACAGAUAUAAAAUAUUUCUACAUUAAACAGUAAUUUACUUUGAUUAUAAUUUCGCUAAUUAAUAGCGCGGUGAUUUGCAAAUGAAUAUUUUUUAUAUCAAAUGCAUAUCUAUAUGAAGUAAAUUUUGCUAUGGACCAUAAAUUUUUUAUAUCUAUUUAAAAGCUCGCUUAUCAAAUACAAUAUAAAUUUUCGAUAAAUAUAUUUCAUUACACGAAAAUCUGUCAAUAUUUCUAUAUUUAUCAUAUAUAUAAAAUUGUCAUAUUUUCAAAAUGGCUGCCGAUUUGAGUUUCGAUGUAACUCCACCUAUGUGUGGCUUGUGUAAUGAUAUUGUCAUCUCUUUCACUCUAAGAAGAAACAGAGACAAGAGAAAUGAAUAAAAUAUUUGUAUAUGUUCAUAGAAUAUGAUAUAUUUUUGUAAAGCAGACAGUUUGACCACCGCGCUGUGUUGGUGCUUUGCGGAGUUUGGCGGAGUUUGUAUUCGAUGUUGUGAUCGUAUUUAUAUCGUAGGCGCGUUCGAGAGCACGGCUUUUGUUGUUUAAACACACAAUAAUUUUACAUAAUACUGACAAACCAAAUAUCAAAAAUUGAUAUCGAGUUGACGAUAUACGAUUUAAGGAAAUUCGUCAUUAUCUUGAAAAUUUUCAUCGGAAUCUCAAUUUCUUAUAUACAUUACUCUUUUCAAUUUCCAUUGAUGUCAUUAUAUAAAUUAUAUCGUUAGAUAAUUCAUUUAUAGCAAUUAAUGCUUUGUUUUAGUUUUUAAACAUCACAUCUGUUAUAUAUUUCUAAAUCCAUUAACAGUCUUAUAUACACAAAUUGUGUGUUAGCUUACAUAAUAUUUAUAUAUAAUGUUCAUUAUUCUCUAAAAGCCUUACACCCGUGCGACAAAAUGUCUUAAUUGUAUCUCUAAUUAGAAUUAAGUCUAGAUUUUCGUGUUAACUAUUCUAUAGCUAACUUCGCUUUGGCAUUCUAUUAAAUAUAUAUUUUGCUUUAUAAAAUAUUAUCUAUACCUCGCUAACAGAUAAACUCGAGCAUAUGUUUGUCUGUCAGUGAACUGUUUGAUUUUAUUUAAGUAUUUGGUAUUCAUUUGUUCGCCUGAAAGGUGUCGGGUCCUAAGUACUGUACAUUCCACGCGGUCAAACCAUGUUGAUUUUAUAUAGAUAUGUUUUAUUUAUACGUUUCACUUACCUCGGCCAGAUGUAAUCUGUGAGCGGUGCAGAGACACUGGACUGCCGUGUGUGGACGGAAACCGAGGAAUUACUUCAUUAUUUAUUAUUGUAUAUUUAUUUGUCGUACUCCGAGCUGGGAGUGUUGUCCGGACCCUGCUGUCCCACUGAUACCUACAUUCACUGAUCUCUACAAAUGGAUAGGUCAUUGCUUAGAAAUGACAGAUUUUGCAUCGUUUCUAUCUCUAUUAUUAGUUCCAAUCUUCACCACCGAUAUUAACCUCAACCGUCAGCGCCAAAAUGGCGAAGAUCAUAUAGGCACAAAAUACCGUGGCUUAUAGCCUGUCCAUAUAUAGAGGUCAGUGCCUACAUUGCAUUAUAUUUGUCGAUGGCAUGUUAUCGUAGCCCCCUUAAGUUAUUUGUUAAGGAGUCUUUAUCAGCUCUAAUGUCUAGUAAGAAUUAUUAAUAAUAUAUGUAUUUUUAAUAUUAAAUACGUUAGGAGAGCCAAGUUCGAUUCGCGUCUAUUUUGUCGCUUCUUACGCCGACCCUGUUGAUGAUUGUGAAAUAUUUUUUUCUUGACUUUGUAUUUGUUAGCAUUUGAAAUGAAAAAAAAAUGAAAUUUGAUAAAAAAUUUGUGUAAUUGUUGACUACGGUGAUAUCACUGCCUUUCUCGAAAUUCUUAGAAUUAAUCAAGUGUUCAAUAUAACUCGCCGUGUAUAUAAAAUUGACUUAGUCGUCCGCUCGCCUCUGAUCAACUGAUGUACUGAAAUCAGGUCACUAGCACAAGCCUACAUUCAAAUACAUACUGCAUUCAAAUAUAUUGUUAUACGAUGUUCUUGCUCUCGAGAGCGGCAACAUUCGUAUUUAGUAGAUUUCCAAUUGACCGUAGCGUGUAAUAAGCUGAAAGUUUUUCUUCAUAGCUAAUAUUGUUGUAAUUGUAUUCUCACCCUUUAUAAAGCCGUAUGGAACCGGUUCAAAUUGUUUAUUGUGCUGUUCAAUGCAUUCAAUGUUAAUCUAUGGUAAAUACGGACGCUUCCUAACCAUCUCAUUUAUGACCAACAUAUUCUACAAUUUUAUAGUUUAUCUGUCGCAAAAAACCAAUGGCCGAAUUUGGCGCCAAGUUCAACCAUAGAUAUUUGUCAUAGAGACGUAACAGAAGCGUCCGUGUUGCUAACUUUUACUAAGCGAGCUUCUUAAUACUGAGGUGUUUUGUUAAAUUUAGAUGAUAGUUUGCAUUUAAAACAAGUUGGAACAUGACAAGAUGUGUGUUGACAUCAGAGAUCACGAAUUAAAUGAUUUACAAUUUUACUUUGGAUUAAGUGACGGUAAUUUAUUGUGUAACUAUGAUGGAUAUUUUUUUAUGUUGCAUAGAAAAUAAAUUUUAAGAAAUUAG